CCAGUUUUAUAUACCGUGUAGAUGUACUUAGUAUUAAGUGCAUCGUGAUCAUCGAACAGCAUGAGCUGACCAACAAUCAGAGGCAUUCAUUCAACGUGGCCGAGGGCGAUGAAUGUAGAGCUUAUUAUCCUGGGGGGUUGAAUGUUCCAAGAUGGAAUAAACGCUCCGUCAACCGCCACGUGGAACAACACGUAGCGGUCGAAUGUUUAGGGCAGCCUCAUGUUCGAAUAUGGACGUGUUGUGGAAGGAGAUCACGCUGCGGUCGUAGCGUUUGGGUCAUUCUUCAAUUGGCAGCUUCAAAUGCAUCGGUUUCUUGUGCCUGGUUUGUUGACGGUGGGGACGUUGCCCUCGACGCGCGCCGCGAUCGAAUGGGCGUCGACGGCGGAUGGCCACCAACUGAUUGGCGAGCGCAUGGCGCUGGCCGAGUCAGCGUACGAUAUCGUGCCUGGGACCGGAUCCGAGACUAGGCGCCCCGACAACUACGGCCAGUGUGUGUGGGGUCCGUCGGGAUCGCACAAGUAUGACUUUGCGAUCACCAAGGACAACAAGAACAGCGACGGCGAAACGUCACGUACCGAGUGCUUUGCCAACGUUUUCGAGGCGGGCAAGGCUCUGGCGUACCCGUUCCCCCGAAGCAGCUACCACUACGACACGGACCCAAACCACGCGAUCACGGAGGACUCGCUGGACAAGCCGCACAUUUCACUGGACAUCGAGUUCGACGUGUCCAAGAACAACGGCGCGUCGGUGGUCGACACGCAGUACUUUGACUUUGAGAACUUUGAAACGAACGCCGCGUCCAUUCUGUACAAGUCAACGGGGCACUCGGCGGGGCGGUACAAGUACAACUUGAAGGCGUACGACUUUGAAGGGGUCGACUCGAAAGAUUGCUCGACGUGUUUGUCCGUGACCGAUAUGUACCGCCCCACGGGGGUCAAAGGGUCGUGCCAAAACGCCUACAAGGACGGGUUCACCAAGGCCAACGUGGACGAGUUGAAGUACCAAGUCGACAAACUCGUGGAAUACCGUCAAAAAGCCGAUAACAACAAGUGCAGCGACGACCGGUGCGACGCGUUGGGCCUCGUGCGCACCAACUUUUUCGGCGUCGAGUCCGAGCGCGACAGCAAGGCCGACACCAAGGUCGACGACGCCCUCCAAAGCUGGAAGUCGUGCUUGAGUGAUGCGUUGACCGACGCCGAGUGGGCCAAACUCACCACGUCCGUGUUUGCGACGUCGCCUAGCUCCCCCUCCGUGUUCACGUGCGCCCGAUCGUGCAAGUACGACGUCACACUCAAGGAAUUCUACACGCCGUACUCGUGCGCCACCGACUACGGGGUCGAGGGCCAGGACCGGCGCCAGUGCGCCGGGGAUGCGACGCAAUUCUGCAACUUUACGCAAACCGUGACGGCCAAGGCGUCGGAUUUGGUUUCCAAGGUCCAAGUGUCGCUGAAACCAUCGCCGGUGAAACCGCCGAUUGCCGACCCGAAAACGGUGUUUCCAGGCUCCACGUACGAUGCCCCGAGCACGACGUCCAAGGAACUGCACUUUGACGUGACGUGCGACAACAACGCGCCAGAGUUUGCCACGUAUUGCACGUCGCAGUUGCAAGUCAAAGUCAGCGACUUGUUCCAGUUGGAAGCCACGCUCAACACGGACAACGACGCGGUCAAGGCGCUGCUGGUCAACCGCUCGACGACCACGGCCAACCCGAUUGUGUUUUGGCGGGUGAAAAACACCCUCGCCGGCACGUGGCAGGAAAUUUCCUCGGCCACCGGCGAUUUGAAGGACUCGACGGCGGUGCUCACGUUUCCCCAGUUCAAAUCCGAGCUCAUCUUUGAAGCGUACACGGCGUGCGGAAAGGUGGGCGACUCGAUCACGUGGACCAUCUACGUGCAUCGCACCGAGGUGGUGCACAUUGACGACUGGUGGUACUCGAUGUGGGACUGCGGCGCCGCGGGCAAGUGCAACGUCGAACACACCGACUUUCGCGUGUGCAAGUUCAAGUUUGACCCGCAGUGCGACACGUACUUAAGCAUGUUGAACCCGUCGGACGCAAAGAACAUCCCGAUCGACCCCCUGACCAACGACGCGUACAAGGUGUGCGAGUACAAGGACGAGAAUAAGAACAAGAAAACGUGCUCGGAAGGGUGCUGGUGGCACUAUGCCAGCUGCGACACGGCCUCGUCCGAGGAAGCGUGCACUAACCGCAUUCGCGAGGAAGGCAGUCGGUUUGUCUACUGCGGCAAGGACGGAGCCCACGCCCCGCAAGUGAUCGAACAAGAGACGCUGGCCAUGCAAAUGCUGCUGCAAGACACGUUGACCACCACCGCCGCCCCUGUUAGCACCACCGCCGCCCCCGUUAGCACCACCGCCGCCCCUGUCAGCCCCACCCCCGCCCCGUCGCCCGUGGAAGUGCGCAUCAAGUGGCAGUUUUACGGCAUGACGUGUUCGUGGAAGUACCAAAACUCGAAAGCCGCGGCCCCAUUCUUGAGCACGGCGUUGCUGGGCACGGCGCAACCGGCCUUCAACAAGGAAGUCGCGAUCAAGAUGCAAAACGUCGACGUGACCGAAGUCACUGUCUCGUGCGACUUUUUCUUCAAGUCCAACGCGGCCGCGGCCGACGUCAAGCCCACCAAGCGGUCGCGGUCCAAGACCGUGCUCAUUCAAAACUGCGACCACCCCCGCUGGAACGCCGAACGCCCCACCGACCAGGGCCGGUACAUCAAGGACACUUGCGACGUUGUGUCGUGGUACAGUGACAUCACCGGCCUCAAGCCAAGACAACCGGCGCCAUUCCAAGCGUGCAAGGGGGCCCUCGUAUACCCGAGCGAUCCGUCCAUCGAAGAUGGCAAGGCCACCACCAUCUACGUCGAAACCAACUCGACCGGACUCACGUGCUGCAACCCUAAAGCCCCCACCACCGUGGCUCCAUUUACCUGUCAAACGUUGCCUGGCUCGACGUCCAUUGGCCUCUGCACCGACUCCAAGGACCCCAACAUCUACUACACCCGAAGUGUCAAGUUCUUUGGCGAGUCCAUGGCCGAUGCCGCACAGUCGUACGCCCGCGAGCUGCUCGUGGCGGGGGGACUCCUCGCUGCCGUCGCAGUCGUGGCCGCCGUGUCGGCCAAGAAGUCCUCCGCCGCGGGCGUCGACUUGGACGACGCGUACAUGCAGCUUUUGGCCUAAAUCCACCAGCACACACAAACGUAUCACUGUCCAACGAAGACGUAGCGGAUACGUGUGGCUUUUCUUGCAUCCUUUUGAUAUCUUGCAUAAUAAAUAAUACAUGACACGUUUUGCAUCGUA